AUGCGCCAGGCGCCCGUCCUCUCGCGUGGCGUGUCUCGUUCGCCGGCUUUUCGACGACAGACCUUGCGACACGCCAGCUCUGGAGGAGGUGGUCGGCCUUUGGGGGGACCGGGAGGUAGCGCCGGCCGGUUCAUCGCAGGAGCUGCGGUAGCCUUCGUCGGAGCUGGUCUUAUUGUGACUAUAUAUCCGGCUUUUGUCACGGAACCCGCCAAGCCUAGCCAUGCGACAAUCCAUUAUGAAAAACAGAGACCGACCCCUCAAACGAUCGAGGACAACAGGGAUAUCAUCAGUAGCCAGCAUUUGCAAGUGAGGAAGAGCUGGGAACAUCCGGGUGUGUAUGCUUGGGGCUCCAAUACCGGCCGCGUGGCCGCACCAGACUCGCCUGAGACUGUUGUUAAAACACCCAGACGCAUUGCAUACUUUGAUGGGCAACUACUUCGAGAUAUUAAGUUGGAUCGCAGUUUUGGUGCUGCUGUCACGGAAAAGGGUGAUUUGGUUCAGUGGGGGGCAGGUUUCUCAGAAAAGGACCCAAAGCCCGUCGUCACCCUCAAGGGCAAGGAUCUUGUCAAGCUGGCGAUUUCCAGAGACCGCAUAUUGGCACUGAGCAACGGUGGUUCAAUCUAUACACUGCCCGUCUCCAGCACUGACCAAUCGAGCAGCUCUAAGGAGCAGCCGUCAUCAUGGCUUGGACUGUGGUCAAACUCUUCGACAGCAUCAUACCGCAAGCUUGACGUGCCAAACCUGGCCUGGGGCGAACGUGUGACAGAUAUUUCAUCGGGCCUAGACCAUGCACUUGUACUUACCAACAAGGGGCGCCUAUUCUCAUCUGCCUCUAGCAACACCGAGUUUCCCUCGCACGGGCAACUUGGUAUACCAGGACUUACUUGGGCGACCCGCCCGCAGGGCCCUUAUGACCAACCCCACGAGAUUCCCCAGCUGAAGGGAUUCCAAAUAUCUGAUAUUGCUACUGGAGAUUUUCACUCUUUGGCAUUAGAUAAGGAUGGCAAGGUCUUUGUUUUUGGCGAUAACUCUUCCGGUCAGCUUGGAUUUGAGCCGGAGAAGGAGAUUCCGUUCGUGGACGGACCCAUUCCCCUUCCUUUUACUACCAUUUACAAAGGAACGAAUCAGCGACCUCGUGUGACGUCCGUUGCUGCCGGCGGUGCAAACUCGUUCUUCACGGUUGACGCGACCCGCAUUGCUGGCCAGCCUGGCAAAGAGGAAAAGAUGGAAGUUGCACCUGCCAGGAAUCUUGGACAGGUCACGGCCGACACCUGGGCGUGUGGCUCGGGAAUCUACGGCAGUCUGGGCAAUGGGCGAUGGACACAUGUAUCCCUCGGUCCUACCAAAAUCAAGCCUUUAUCAGGUCUUUUUGAGUGGGAUGAGAAGAAGAAUACCGUUGUUCCAAUUCGUUUGGCACGUCUCAGCAUCGGAUCUACGCACGCUUCCGCUGUGAUGGACAAUGUGACCUCAGUUGAUACUUCAGCAAAGGCCUCAACAGUCAACGAUACCAACUGGGGUGCCGACAUUGUCUGGUGGGGCGGAAAUGAGCACUACCAAUUGGGCACUGGCAAACGAAAUAAUGUGAACUCGCCCAUCUAUUUGAGGCCACUAGAUGGUGGUGCAGCGGAUGCAGAAAAGGGUCGCAAGGGGGAAGAGCACCGAUUUCAAAUCACGCCUAGAACAACGACAAAAAUUGGUGAAGGCGGCAACGCCAGAAAAGUCAGCGUGGAGCAGAGGGUUGAGUGUGGACGAUAUGUCACUGCCGUUUACUCCGGAGCAUGA